AUGACUCAGCGUGUUGCUGGAGGUUUCUGGAUUUUUCCUCACCAAGCUAACCUGGAAUGGACUAAGCUCUCCUUGUUAUUUCACGUGACCCGGGAGAAAACCUCCAGCCCCAACUGCGAUCUUUGGCUGAAACUCGAUGGGCUCCCUCCCCCUGGUAUCCUUCUGCGCUCCUCAUCGUUUCAACGGGUAACUAAUAGUGCCGCAAUUGAACGCUCUCCCAUCUCAUACCCGAAGAUGCCGGUUGUGUUGCCAAAUGGCGUUCGAUGGUCCAUCUCCCACCACCAGUGCCACCGCGGGGCCAGGGAGCAGCAGGCCCACGAGUAG